GAGCAGGCGGAAUGGCGUCCAUCUCGGACAUUGUCGACUCCAAGUGGGACGACGUGGACCCCAACGAGCCGUCGGACAACCCGGGGCUUGAAUACUUCUUCGGCGACGACAACAGAGUGGUCGUACUCUGGCUGUAUGCCCGCUCACAGUUUGCUACCACUGUGGAGGCUCGCCCGGGUGUUGACGCGUCGACGCAGUACCCAAACUCGGCAGAGUGGGUCAACCAUAUUGUCUCCCGCUUUGCCCAUGCCCUCCUCGUCCGCCACGUCCACGAGCCCGACGUGAUUAUCCACUCGGCCGACGGGGUUACCCUCGCUCGGGUCGCCGCGCCCGCUGCCGGCGCUGCUGGCCCGCCAGAGACGGUCGAGCAGCUGAAGACGGCUAUGGCUGCCGUGCAUCAUGCCGACGGCUUGCUGCCCGACGGCGCCGACGAGCUGCAGCUGCCUGAGACCAAGGAGGCGGCCGAGCCUGGCAAGGCCGCGCUCAACACCACACCGCCGGCGGACGUCACCUUUGUGCUGGUGGCCAAGGAGCUUCAGAGCCUCGACGACAUCUCGCGGUAUGUUGAUGCGUACCAGCCGCACAUCUUCCACAUCUCGGCCUUUGGCGACAUGGACGGCAUUCCGAAGGUCAUUCUCCGCUCGCUCUUCCGCAACAACAACAUCCGGUGCUGCCUGUUCAACACGCCCGAGUCAAAGCGGAUUGCGCUGCUCUGCUCAACAGGCGUCCACGCCUCGGUCGGCAUCGACUCGCCAGACUUUCGGCCCAAGGACGGUUUCGUCUACUUUAAGACCUUUCUGGAGAACCUUGUCCUGUACGACGCCACAUACGUCGAAGCGCAUCUCCACGCCAACGCCGCCAUCAUCGCCUCGUACAAGUCGCUCAAGGACCAUGCGCUCCCGCGACCCAAGAUGAUGGUCGCCCUCGAGCGGUUCUGGGAUGACGGUGCCAGCAAGACGGCCGCACAGCCCGCACAGCCGACGCAGCUCAACGCCGACGCCCAAGGUGAUGACGCUCCGGCUCUUGCCGACGACACGCCAACGUCGUCAGAUGCCGAGCCGCUGCCGCCGGCGCCGACACUGCUGCCGGCGUCGGCGCUCGGUCCGCACCCCAAGUCGGUGGUGUACCAGGGCGGCGAGAAGGACUUGGCCACCAUGAUCCGAAAUCCCGAGAACCUCAACCACGAUGAUCUGAAGGUACUUGCCCGGCUCACCGCCCCAAGGGGGGGCCCUCAGCCGACUGCUGCCCGAUCCGACGUCGACUCGCUGAUGAACGCGCAGGCCGCCCUGGGCCCGAGCGAGCGGGUGAUGGUCACUGCUGGAAGUGACGAAGGUGGUAGCGUCGCCGGCGACGGCAGUGGCCGAGCAGGGGCCGGCCCGAUGAACCCGAUGCGGCCGCUCGCCAUCCGGUCGUCCAAGAUCAAGGCGUCGGUGGUGACGCAGGCGCCCGUGGCGGCGGCUGGCGACCUGGCGUCUGCGACCGACGCGGCGUCGUACCACUGCAUUCCGACGCUGGCUGCAUACAAACGGCAUAGUGUGACCCGGCUGGACAUCGAGGCCGGGCCCACCGACGUCGACAUGGACGACGACGCGUCGGUCAACACCCGGUUGCUGGCGUCGGCGCUCGACCCCGAGUCGCUGGAAGCCUUUGACGAGAAUGACAUGUCGGUCCGGGUCUUGCAGCACUUGUGCGAGGCCGACUUUGACGAGUACAUGCAGGAGAAGGCCGUGUACGUGCCUGACCCGUCGAUGUAUACUUCGAUUGUCGCCCUCGCCCUCACCGAUAAGCAGCGGUCAGAGCUGCUGGUGACGGCACGAGACUGUGCUGGCCCUGUUGCUGACGUGGACCUGGCCAAGCUCAUCUACAUUCCGCCGCGGGCGCCGCUGGCGUCCGCCGCCGAGUCCGAGGCUGCCGAGUCGGAGGGUCUGGGCCGGCUGGAGCCGUCAGGCGAUGCCCGUGUCUCGCGCCAUCGCAACAUCACGACGUCGACCACAACGCGGACGCUCAACGCUGCGUCCAACCAGCAGAACGGCGGCCUGGUGGUUCACAUCGGGGUCCCGCCGUCGACCGCCGCCGGCGACGCGCCCGACGCCGUCGCCUCGCUCAACACUCGCGCUGCCGAGAUUGAGGCCUGGGCCGCCACCAACACGGCUCCCUCUGACCUGGUCAUCAUCAACUGGAACUCGAUGCGCGCCGAUGAGCGCGGUGAGCCGCGGAGUGGAAGCGCGAGCGGGAGCAGCGGCAGUGCGCCGCAGUCGACGGCCAAGGGUGUGGUCGACGAGACCGCGGUCUCGCGGCUCUCCGCCGGCUCGCCCACCUUUGACGAGGCCGACAUUCCGGACUCACGCUCGGUCGCACUCUUUACCUACGACACUGAGCGGGCCGACGACCUAACUCAGCUGUUCUGCAUGAUGGCCAAGGCCCAACAGCCAGCCGGCGGAAGCGAGGCCGAGGCCAAGAGCGAGGCCAGUGGGAGCGAUGAGACCAAGGCCGAGGAAGAAGGCGACACGCCUCUGGUCGACGAACUGUACGCCGGCCCGGCAGUGCCUGCUGCGCUGUAUGUGGUUGGCUCGCCGGGUUGCGGCAAGACGUCGUUCCUUUCGCGGUUUGUGCUCGACGCGUACCGGUACCUCGCGCCGUCGACGACGGUGCUGCACUGGUUCUGCGACGUGCGCGAUCUCGACUCGCUCGAGCCGUACUACUUUAUCCACGGCAUCUCGGCACAGCUUGUGCGUGCCAUCCCGCACCUGCGCGACGCGCUCCACCGGGUCCGCAAGCUCCUCUCCCCAGGCAACGUGGCCCGAAACCCGGUCAAGGUGUUCGAAAAGGCGGUCCUCGCCCCGCUAUCGGCGUACUUUACCGAGCUCGCGGCGGUCUCCAAGCACAACGCAACGCUCGCCGACGAUCGGCUCUCGACCAUGGUUGUACUGGUCCUGGACGGGCUCGACGAGUCGCUCGCGCUCCCAGACAAGGCGCCAACCUGUGGCCUCCAUACCAUCCACUCGAUCCUUGCGGCGACGCCCGAGGAAGCCUUCCCGCCGCAGUUCCGGUUGGUCAUCUCGACAGCCGGCGAUGCAAGCGGAGCUCCGGCUGCAGUUCUCCCGCAGCCGUGCUUUGCGCCAGCGGCGCUACCAUCACGGUUUGGCGGGCUGUGUGGGACGGUCAACCUCGAUCUCGACCCAGUCGACGUUCUCGAAGCGCUCGUCCAGUACGAGGCUGCGCUGGAGGGCUCGGGGGGGCCGCUCACAGGCGGGCUGGCGGCAAGUGGGCCGGCGCAUCCGGGCGCGGCGCAGCCGAGCGCGCUGCUCAAGGAUCCCGCCAUGCGUGAGCUCUUCCACUCGCUGCUCACGGUCCGGACGGGACCACACCGGCUCUCACUCUUCCAACUCCACACGCUCUACUACUGGUGCGACCCGGUGACCGACAUGGACGGCCUGCGGCGGCUGGUCGACGAGCCUGAGCUCGACUUUUACCAGUGGCUGGUGUACGAGAAGGCACUGUGCCUCUCGCUCCCGCCUUCGGCGCCGCUCUACGACGCGCUGCUGGAGACGCGCCAGCCAGCGGUCCUUGCCCUCGCCAUGGUCCUCACCUCUGUCCAGCUUCUCUCGCCGACGCUCCUGCUCGACGCCAUGGACCUGACGUACCCUCAGAUCAUGUUUGCCUCGCGGACGCAGAGCCUUGCGCUGCUCGAGGGCCAGCUGAUGCCGCUGCUGGAGACGCAGCUGGACCCGCUGCUAGACCUGGCCGAGAGCGAGGGCGGCGAGAGCAAGCCGGCGCGAGCGGCGGGUGAGAGCGGCCAGCCGAAGCGUUCGCGGGUACGCUGCCGCAAGCGGGUCAGGCGCAGCGCCGAGGAGGCGCUCGACAAGCUCGACCUCGACCACGGCGUCACUGAGAUUGCCGACUCGGACGAGUACGAGUACGAGUACGAGUACGAGACCCCAAGCAAGGUCGAGGGCGGCGCGAGCGCCAAGCUGCCCACCGGCAGCGCGAGCAACGCUGGGGCCGGCGACGGCGGUGAAGGCCCGGAUGACGCACUGACAUACAUGGAGGACAACUUUCUGGUCCCGUAUUCGUUCCGCGACCCGUACCUGCGGUAUCCGACGGCGCAGGUGCGGAUGUCUGUGGCGCACGCGGCGCUGCUAGAGUGGCUCGAUGGGCAGGAUGAGCUUUUGGCUGACGGCAAAGGACUCGCACACGCGGUGCUAGCCGUGGUGUGGAUCACGGCAUCGUUCCUCACCGAGACGUCGCGGAUCUCGGGCGCCGACGCGCUCCAGGCGCAGUUGGAUGCCUUUGUGGCGACGAUCCGGCCCGAGGCGCGCCAAAAGUUUACGGUCUCGGGCGCAACCGAGGCCUUUGUGCGCCGGUACUCGACAUACGAGCGGUUCUCGCUCGUGGCGCAGCACCUUGCGCGGGCCGAGUGCGGACGGCCUGAGCAGCGCGCGGCGCUGCUCUCGUCGUGCGUCGACGUCAACGUGGUGACCGACAAGGGCAAUCUGUCGCUGUUUAUGGAGGCGGCAUGGCGCGGUGACGUGACGCUGGUCGAGUUCCUCCUCCACCUCGAGGAUCUGGACGUCAACGCGCGCAACUACGACGGGGCGUCUGCGCUGCACUUUGCCGCUGGGUGGGGCCAGGCCGAGGUUAUCGAGCUCCUGCUCUCGUCGCCGCUCUCGGGUCCAGUCAUAGACGUCAACUCGAUCUCGAAGAUGGGCUGCUCGCCGCUGUACAUGGCAGCGGAGCGUAACCACGUGGCGGCGGUCGACGUUCUUCUCACGGCCCCGGAUAUCGACGUCAACCUGACGGGCGACAUGAACACGCCGCUGCAUGUAGCGGCCGCACUUGGAUACGUCGACGUGGUGGCGUCGCUGGUCUCGCACCCGCGGGUGGACCUCAACGCAGUCGGGCACAUGAACUGCACGCCGCUGCUGAUGGCGUCGUCAGCCGAGGUACUCGACGUCAUUCUCUCUGCCGACGGCGUCGACGUCAACUGCUCGGACCAGGACGGAAUCACACUGCUGUACUUUGCGGCGCAGCGGUCAGACGUCAAAACGGUGCGCAAGCUGCUCUCCAUGCCAGGCAUCAACGUGUCGCCGGUGGAGAGCAUCAACGGCAAGACGCCGCUGCGCGUGGCAGCCGACAAGGGCUCUUCCGAGAUUGUGCGACUGCUGCUAGAAGUGUGCGAGCCGGAGGCGGUCAAUGACGUGGCCGCCGACGAGUUCUCCAUCCUGCAGUCUGCCGCCGAGUACGGCCACACCGGGGUCGUUCGCGAACUGGUGGCCAUUCCGGCUCUCGACGUCAACGCCAAAAACGCCAAGGACGGCCUCACUGCGCUGCACUACGCGGCAGCCAAGGGCCACGCCGGCGUUGUGGCCGCCCUCCUCGACCGCCACGACCUCGACGUCAACAUCCUCAACCGUCACAUGUGCACCGCCCUCUACACAGCGGCAAUGCACAACCAUGAGGCGGUGGUGGCCGACCUGCUCGCGCGCGGGCGCAACAUCGACGUCAACCUGCCGGACUCGCACAAGUACACGCCGUGCCACAUUGCAGUGGACAAGAACAACCUCGACGUGGUCAUGACGCUGCUGGACAACCCUGAAUGCAACAUCAACGCGCCGGCCGAGAUGGGCCUCACCCCGCUGCACGCCGCGGCCUACCGAGGCAACGCCGAGGUCGUGCGCGUCCUCCUCCUCGCGCCGGCGCUCGACGUCAACGCCAUGGACAAAGAGUCGCGGACACCGCUGCUGGUGGCUGCCAUGCACGGCAAGCACAAGGUGUGCGAGCUGCUCGUCCACGACUCGCGGGUCAACGUCAACAUUGCCGACCGUCACGGGUACCUUCCGCUGCACAUGGCGGCCGACAAGGGCCGGCUGCUCUCAGUCCGGGCCCUGCUCUCGGUCCCUGGCGUCCACGUCAACGCCGCCGCCGAGCAGGGUGUCACCCCGCUCCACGCGGCGUCAUACGAGAAUCGACGCGACGUUGUGCAGGAGCUGCUCUCGUACGAGGGCAUCAAGGUCAACGUCGCCGCCGCCAAGGACGGCGCGACGCCGCUGCAGAUCGCAUCCGACCGUGGCAAUGCUGAGGUUGUCGAGCUGCUUCUUGAGGCCGGUGCCGUCGACCCCCGCGGCAAGGCCCGCAAAGCCGCGUCGGUCAAGGGCUACCUCAACAUCGUGGCGCUCCUCGACGCGCCGCGAUGCGGGGCCUGCUUUAAGAGCUCCACAACGCUGCAAGAGUGCGCCGGCUGCCACAAGGUCGUCUACUGCUCACGCACCUGCCAGAAGCGGGCAUGGAAGGAGCACAAGUUUGUGUGCAAUAAGCGUAAGCGGUGAUCGUAAAC